AAACAGCAACAACAGAAGCGAAGCAGUAAUGGCUAUGGUGGGAGACAAGACGAAGAAGGAAUCGACUGCUGUGACUUUGCAACAGUUCAUCUCCAAUACGACUCCUUUAAUCGAUUUGGAGAAGGAAGCUGAGAUAUCAGCCUCUUAUCUCUUCAGGCGCAUCAAGAAACUUGGAUAGUGCUCAAAAGAGGGGCUCCACUAUUCUGAAUUUGAAGUGUGUUGAUGUUCAGACAGGGUUGAUGGAGAAAACACUGCUUGAGUUUCAACCCACCAAAGGAGAUGUCCUUCCUGCUCACAAGUUUGGUACCCAUGAUGUAGUUCUAUUAAAACUGAACAAAGCUGAUUCAGGAUCUCCUGCACUUGGGCAAGGUAUAGUUUACUGGCUGAAGGUGAUUGGGACUCUUAAUUCUUAAAUGAGACUUUGGGUUAUUACUUUUUGAGUUUGUUGUUUCUAGUUACCUGUAAUUCCCUGAAACUCUUGUGCUGCUGAUUUCAUGUGCAUAUCGAGCUGGAUUCCUCAAUCACUGUUGCUUUUGAUGACAUCCCAGAUGAAGGUUUGAAUAGUCCCUUACAUCUGGAAAAAGUGGCCAAUGAGUUAUGCAACUAAGAUUCUUCAAUCAAUUCUUUGCUUUACACUGGCUUUACUCUUAUGUGUAAUAUAGACAAGAAUUCCCCUGACUUUUAUGUGUUCAAGUAAACUUGAAUUCUGCUUAUUGUAUCACAGAAUUACUUUUCAGUUCUUUAUUCUAUCUGAAGAAUUCUCCGUGUUAACCUUGGGAAUCAUAUAGAAGUCAACUUGGAUUCAUGCUGUCCCAUCUUUAAAAGCCUGAAGCAGAUCAAAGUCAUAGAACUAGUACACAAGGCUCAGCACCAUACUUUCUUAGAGAUUAAGUUUAUAAAAAAAAAUAAUUCAAAUUAAUUUCUGUGCAGAUGACAUAUCGUAGGAUGAAGGAUGCCUUAAUCCAAUUGAGUAAAGGUGUACUGAAGGGGCCUGCUGCAGAUCUAUUUCCUGUCUUGUUUGGAGAGAGACUGCCAACAUUUUCAAAGAAGGAUGUCAUGUUCAGCCCUUUUAACUCUAACCUUGAUCACUCUCAGUUCUCUAUUUUAGAAAGGAAGGCACUGUCAAUUCCUGUUGACAAAUUAACUUAAUUCAGUUUCUUGCACUUUCUUAUUCAAGAAAGAUGCCAUUUCAAAAGCCCUGUCAUCAAAGGAUGUAUUUUUGCUGCAUGAUCCUCCUGGUACUGGGAAAACUACUACAGUAGUGGAAAUUAUCUUACAAGAAGUGAAGCGUGGCUCAAAGAUUCUUGCUUGUGCUGCUUCAAAUAUUGCUGUUGACAACAUUGUUGAAUGACUUGUUCCCCACAGAUUGAGAACCACACCACUUUAACCUCUUAUCUUCUUACACUGCGGUUCUGUUGGACUUAUAAGGUUUGGUUAGCUUUCUAUUUUUGAAAACUAAAGUUGAUAAAAUUUGUAUGGUUCAGCUUUCAUUAGGACUUGCUUUUGCUGAGUCUAUCAAGGUUGAAACGAGUUUUCAUCAGAUACUGGCCUGGGUGUUGCCAUAGGCUAAUAGGAAUAAAAACCUCGUGUCAGU